UUACGCGUUUUUUUUUAGUUUUUCAAAAACUGAUUAUGUAAGAUAAAAAACUAUAAAUGGGCUAUCUUGAAAAUUUAUAAAUUUAUCCGAUAUGGUUAAGAGUUCUCGACAAAAAUUUAAACAAAAACUUCGAAAAUCUAUUACAACACCAGCUUUCAGAAAUAACUACAUACCAGCAGAUCAAAAAAACCAUGAUGAAUCAACGAACCAAGUAUCCACAUUACUGGAUAAGCUACGUAAGGAAGCUCGGUUCAAUAAUGGAACUGCUUCAGCGAAUAUUUCAUCCACCUUACCACAACCAGCGUUUAAUUAUUUAAUGAGAGAGCAUGCUGAAAGAGAACAACAAGAAAGAGGAGAACGAGAGGCUAUGAGACAGCGAGUAUCUGGUCCAGCACCACCCAAAAGCUGGCAAAAAGCCCGGAAAGGUAAAAAUGAAUCAAUAGAGUUACUUAUUAAGGAUCGAAAGGAAAAAAGGAGGGCCUGGGAUGGUGAGGCAAUUUGCCAGGACUAUUAUUGUCCAACCCUUCCAAUGCGUAAAACUCUAACACUUUUGGAAAUCUGUUCAAAAACAGUAGCUAUUAAUAUUAAAUCUUACAUAUCAUAUCCAUAUUUUGCAAAUAUGCCAACUCAUCUGAAGCAGUGUAUUCUUUCGUCUUUGAGUAUUUAUAAUCCUCUUACCGAAGAAAUACUCCCAUUAUUUAAUACGGAUACUGAAUAUGAAGAAUUAGAUCUUGCAAACAGUACUAUCAACUUAGAAAGUUUCAAAAAAUCUUUUUGGAAAAUUGUCGAAGAAAAAGAUUUAGUAGAUAAUUUAGUUAAAAAUUGGGAAGAUCUUGCAGAUCAAGAUGAAGAAACUGAUAUUAUAUACUCUAGAAUUUUUGGCAAGCCAAUGGAUAUUACAAACGAUGAUGAUGAUUCAAGAAAAACGAACAAACUUAUAUCUAAACUUCCAAAACUUCGAAAAUUAAAUUUGGGGUUUACUCAUAAUAUUUCCGGUAUUCCUUUAUCCAUCUUGUUGGUUGCAACAUUACCAUUAUUAACACAUUUGUCAAUCGCUGGAUGUUUUAAUCGAGAGGAUGGCCCGCAUUCUUUACGUAUUCUUUCAGGUUUAAUAAAUCUUUUAGUUUUAGAUAUAUCUUAUUGUGAAUGGGCAACGGAUCAAAUUUUAUUACAAUUUAUAAAUUGGGAUAGAGAUUUGAAAUCGCUGAGAGUUUUGGUGGCAGUGAAUUGCGGUAGUUGGAAGGAUGCGGAAGUCGUAAGAAAGAAAUUAUCAGAAAAUCGAAGAUCAUUCGAACUUUGGACUGAACAGUAAAAAAAAUGCAAUCUCAUAAUUGAAUUGAAUUGAAUUAUAAUAAUCUCGUUAUUUAUUAUAAUUUAUUAUAAACUAAAUAAUCGGUCGAUUAAUAGU